AGAAAGACUCCGGUUUACCAGUGGACCUGUGCAGCGCAGACAGAAGGAAACAGAUAGUUUGUCAAACUCAGCUGCUCUCAGCGUUGGGGGAGGCUCCGGGGAAAGCUACGGCCAGUGACUGCCAACCCGGAAACCGAGAGCGAGUUAAAUAGGAGGAGGCGGUGGCAAUGAGCACGCAUGUGCAGAGGAGGGAGCCUGAGCAGCUCGGGGACAAAGACACAGAGAUGCCGGCCACCGAGAAGGACCUGGCCGAGGACGCGCCCUGGAAACGGAUCCAGCAGAAUACCUUCACCCGCUGGUGCAACGAGCACCUGAAAUGUGUCAACAAGCGCAUCCACAACCUGCAGAGCGACCUGGCGGACGGGUUGCGGCUGAUCGCCCUGCUCGAGGUGCUCAGCCAGAAGAAAAUGUACCGCAAGUAUCACCAGAGACCCACCUUCAAACAAAUGCAGCUGGAGAACGUGUCUGUGGCGCUCGAGUUUCUCGAGCGGGAGAACAUCAAGCUGGUGUCUAUUGACAGCAAAGCCAUUAUAGAUGGGAACCUGAAGCUCAUUCUAGGGCUGAUAUGGACUUUGAUUCUUCACUACUCUAUUUCCAUGCCAGUUUGGGAUGAUGAAGGAGCUGAUGAUGCCAAGAACCAGACACCCAAACAGAGGCUAUUGGGAUGGAUUCAGAAUAAACUGCCUGACUUGCCGAUCACCAACUUCAGUAAUGACUGGAAAGAUGGAAAAGCCUUGGGUGCUUUGGUUGAUAGCUGUGCUCCAGGUUUGUGUCCUGACUGGGAGAUCUGGGAUGCAGCCAAGCCAGUGGAUAAUGCACGUGAAGCUAUGCAACAAGCAGAUGACUGGCUUGGAGUUCCACAGGUGAUUACCCCAGAGGAAAUCAUAGAUCAGAAUGCUGAUGAACGAUCAGUGAUGACCUAUUUGUCACAGUUUCCCAAAGCCAAACUUAAACCUGGAGCUCCAUUAAAGCCCAAAUUGAAUCCCAAGAAAGCAAGGGCUUAUGGUCCAGGCAUUGAACCUGCAGGUAAUGUUGUGAUGCGCCCAGCUAUGUUCACUGUUGAAACAAUUAGUGCUGGGCAAGGUGAGGUGAUGGUCUUUGUAGAGGAUCCUGAAAACCAGCGAGAGGAGGCAAAGGUGACCAACAAUAAUGAUAAAAAUAAGACCUACACUGUGGUUUAUGUACCAAAGGUUGCAGGACGUCAUAAGAUUACAGUUUUAUUUGCUGGACAGCAUAUAUCAAAGAGUCCUUUUGAAGUCAACAUUGACAAGGCCCAAGGUGAUGCCAGUAAAGUGACUGCACGAGGUCCUGGCUUGGAAUCUACAGGAAACAUUGCCAAUAAGCCAACCUACUUUGAUAUCUAUACUGCAGGUGCUGGAGUUGGUGAUGUUUCCAUUGUGAUAAUGGACCCUCAAGGUAGUACCAACACUGAAUUAACAAUUGAAGAUAAGGGAAACAACACUUACCGGUGCACCUACAGACCUGUGCAAGCAGGGCAUCACACAAUUCAGAUUGCAUUCUCUCAAUCACCAAUACCCAAGAGUCCAUAUUCUGUCACUGUAGGUGAAGCUUGUAACCCCAAUGCUUGUCGUGCAACUGGGCGAGGCCUACAACCUAAAGGCCUAAGAAUUCGUGAAGUUGCUGAUUUUAAGGUUCAUACCAAAGGGGCUGGAAGUGGUGACCUGAAAGUGAUGGUGAAGGGACCAAAAGGUUCGGAGCAGCCUGUGAAGCAGAGAGACCUUCUGGAUGGAGGGGAUGCCUUUUCUUAUGAGUACUAUCCUGUUACACCAGGAAAACACAUCGUCACUAUCACAUGGGGGGGCCAUAACAUCCCAAGGAGUCCUUUUGAAAUUCAAGUUGGACCUGAAGCAGGUCCUCAAAAAAUACGUGCCUGGGGACCUGGUCUUGAUGGAGGAGUUGUUGGAAAGUCAGCAGACUUUGUAGUAGAAACCAUUGGAACAGAUGUAGGGGUAUUAGGUUUUGCAGUAGAGGGUCCCUCUCAAGCAAAGAUUGAAUGUGAUGAUAAAAGUGAUGGAUCCUGUGAUGUACGUUACUGGCCAACAGAGCCUGGAGAAUAUGCAGUGCAUGUUUUGUGUGAUGAUGAGGACAUUGUGGAUAGUCCCUUCAUGGCCACCAUCCAACCUGCAUCCAGUUCCUUCUAUCCUGAUCGGGUAAAAGCCUAUGGUCCUGGCUUGGAGAAAACAGGCUGCGUUGUUCACAAACCAGCUGACUUCACAGUGGAUGCUAAAGAUGCUGGAAAGGCUCCACUGAAAAUAUAUGCUCAAGAUGCAGAAGGAAUUCCUAUCAGUGUUCAAGUAAAGAAUAAAGGUGAUGGAAUGACUGCGUGCUCUUACACUCCUACCAAACCAAUCAAACACACUGUUGCAAUUGCUUGGGGAGGAGUCAAUGUCUCUAACAGUCCAUUUAGAAUUAAUAUUGGUCAGGGGAGUCAUCCACAAAAGGUGAAAGUUUUUGGUCCUGGUGUUGAAAGAACUGGUUUGAAAGCUAAUGAGCCCACUCAUUUUACUGUGGAUUGCACAGAAGCUGGAGAAGGUGAUGUCAGUGUUGGCAUAAAGUGUGAUGCUCGUAUGAUCAGUGACUCUGAAGAGGAUAUAGAGUUUGACAUUAUUACCAAUCCCAAUGAUACUUUCACAGUGAAGUAUACACCACCAGCUGCUGGACGUUACACCAUUAAAGUGUUGUUUGCUGGUCAGGAAAUUCCAGUUGGUUCUUUUCGAGUUAAAGUGGAUCCAUCACAUGAUGCCAGUAAGGUUAAGGCUGAUGGCCCAGGAUUAAAUAAAACUGGAGUGGAACUUGGGAAACCAACACACUUCACUGUAUUUACAAAGGGUGCUGGGAAGGCUCCACUUAAUGCACGCUUCAGUGGGCCUACAAAAGGAGAGGCUGUCUGUGACUUUGAAAUAAUUGACAAUUAUGACUAUUCUCAGACUGUCAAAUAUACACCAACACAGCAGGGUAACAUGGGAAUUGCUGUGACUUAUGGUGGUGAUCCAAUUCCCAAGAGUCCCUUCAACAUUGAUGUAGCAUACCCACUGGACAUGAGCAAGGUCAUGGUUAAUGGUCUUGAAAACAGAGUAGAAGUUGGGAAAGAUCAGCAAUUCACCAUAAACACCAAGGGAGCAGGGGGUCAGGGUAAUGUGGAUGUCAAGAUUUAUAGCCCUUCACAGAAACCCGUGACCUGUGUAGUCGAGCCAGUUACAAGCAAGGAUGCUUGUGUAGUGAAGUACAUUCCCAAGGAAGAAGGCUUAUACUCUGUAGAUGUGAUGUAUGACCAGAAUCCAAUUGUAGGCAGCCCAUUCACUGUGGAUGCUGCACUACCUCCAGAUCCUUCCAAGGUAAAAGCUUAUGGUCCAGGCCUCACAAGUGGCCUUGUUGGCAAAUCUGCUGAAUUCACUAUUGACACUAAAGGAGCUGGUACUGGUGGGCUAGGCCUUACUGUAGAGGGCCCAUGUGAAGCUAAGAUUGAGUGCUCUGAUAAUGGGGAUGGGACCUGUUCAGUCUCUUACUUACCAAACGAAGCUGGUGAAUAUCUUAUCAACAUUUUGUUUGAAGACACUCAUAUUCCAGGUUCUCCAUUCAAAGCAGAUGUGCAGUUACCAUUUGAUCCUUCCAAAGUUGUUGCCUCUGGUCCUGGUUUGGAACGUGGCAAAGUUGGAGAGGCUGCACUAUUUACUGUUGACUGUUCCAAAGCUGGUCCUGGUGAACUGACCAUAGAACCAGUAUCAGAUAAGGGUGUUAAAGCUGAAGCCCAUAUUCAGGACAAUGGUGAUGGUACUCACACUGUCAGCUACAUUCCACUUCAACAUGGUCCGCACACAAUUGCAGUAAAGUAUGGAGGGCAACCAGUGCCCAAGUUUCCAGCACAGUUACAGGUGGACCCAGCAAUUGAUACUAGUGAUGUUAAAGUAUAUGGACCUGGAAUUGAAGGACGUGGAGUUUUCUGUGAUGCCACAACUGACUUUACAGUAGAUGCUAGUUCACUGACCAAAGUGGGAGGAAACCACAUUAGAGCAAGCAUAGCAAAUCCUUCAGGAGCCAGCACCGAUUGCCUGAUCAUGGACAAGGGGAAUGGAAUAUAUACAGUGGAAUACACACCAUAUGAAAAAGGUGUACAUACUGUUGAUGUAACAUAUGAUGAUGCACCAAUUCCAAAUAGUCCAUUCAAGGUAGGGGUCACAGAAGGAUGUGAUUCUUCACGUGUCUCAGCAAGUGGACCUGGACUGCAAGAGGGCUUGACCAAUAAAGUGAAUAAAUUCUCUGUUGUAACAAGAGGAGCAGGAACUGGUGGCCUUGGGAUUACUGUUGAAGGACCUUCUGAAGCAAAGAUCUCUUGCAAGGACAACAAAGAUGGUAGCUGCAGUGUUGAAUACACUCCCUACACUCCUGGUGAAUAUGAUGUGAAUAUUACCUAUGGAGGGCAGCAUAUAACAGGUAGCCCAUUUAAGGUACCAGUCAAAGAUAUUGUGGAUCCAAGCAAAGUGAAAUGUAGUGGACCUGGGCUGAGUUCAGGUGUAAGAGCCAAAGUUCCACAAUGCUUCACUGUGGAUUGUAGCAAGGCUGGGAAAGCUCCUCUUCAAGUAGCUGUGUUGGGACCAAAAGGCCUAAUUGAGCCUGUUGAAGUCAUUGAUAAUGGUAAUGGCACUCACACAGUCAGCUACACUCCUUCACUUGAAGGGCCAUAUUCUGUUUCAGUGAAGUAUGGAGAUGAAGACAUUCCUCGCAGUCCUUUCAGGGUGAAGGUGCUACCAACUCAUGAUGCCAGCAAAGUGAAAGCCAGUGGGCCUGGCCUCACAUCUGGUGUACCAGCUAGUCUACCAGUAGAAUUUACCAUUGAUGCUAAAGAUGCUGGAGAAGGCCUCCUUUCAGUACACGUAACUGACCAAGAAGGGAAGCCAAAGAAAGCUAAUAUCCACAAUAAUAAUGAUGGCACCUACAAAGUUUCCUACAUACCAGACAAGACUGGACGUUAUACUAUUGUAAUCAAAUAUGGAGGUGAUGAGAUCCCAGCAUCCCCUUACCGAAUCCGUGCAGCAGCUACUGGUGAUGCUAGCAAGUGUACAAUGUCAGGUUCUGGUCUUGGACCUACUGUUCAGUUGGGUGAUGAACUUGGAAUGACGGUGGACGCCAAAGCUGCAGGCAAGGGUAAAGUCACCUGCACAAUCUGCACUCCUGAUGGCACUGAAGUGGAGGCAGAUGUUAUUGAAAACGAUGAUGGAACUUACAACAUCUUCUAUACAGCACCAGAAAAAGGAGCAUAUGUUGUUUAUGUCCGCUUUGGAGGAGUGGAUGUUGCCAACAGUCCAUUCAGUGUUGUGGCCACAGAUGAAGUUCCAGUAGUGCCACAGCAGCUGGUGCAACAGCAGCUGGUGCAACAGCAAUCUCUAAAUGCAUAUCCCCCUGGCUUCCAACCAUGGGUUCUUGAUGGAGCCUAUCCACCAGUUGAUGGAUUAGAUGGCAUUGGCUUAAAACCUUUCGAUAUUGUUAUUCCAUUUGCUCUCCGGACAGGGGAAAUCACAGGUGAAGUUCGCAUGCCUUCAAACAAAACUGCUAAGCCAGAAAUAAUUGAUAACAAAGAUGGUACUGUGACUGUCAAAUAUGCUCCAACUGAAGCUGGACUACAUGAGAUGCACAUCAAAUACAAUGGCAGUCAUAUUCCAGAGAGUCCACUGCAGUUCUUCGUGAAUUAUGGAGGUAGUGGGCAUGUGUCUGCUUAUGGCCCAGGCCUUGUCUAUGGUGUUGUCAACAAACCAGCUACUUUCACAAUUGUAACUGAAGAUGCUGGAGAAGGAGGUUUGGACUUGGCCAUUGAGGGGCCUUCUAAGGCAGAAAUCAGUUGUGUAGAUAAUAAGGACGGAACCUGCACAGUCUCUUACCUCCCGACCUUGACUGGUGAUUACAGUAUCAUUGUCAAAUACAAUGAGAAACACGUUCCUGGAAGCCCUUUCACUGCCAAAGUUACAGAUGACAGUCGGCGAAGGUCACAAGUUAAGGUUGGUUCAGCUGCUGACAUCUCACUGGACAUCAAUGAAAGUGACCUUAGUUUGCUAUCUGCAAGCAUUAAAUCUCCAUCAGGCCAGGAUGAGCCAUGCCUAUUGAAGAGGCUACCAAAUAACCACAUUGGUAUCUCCUUUAUCCCACGGGAAGUUGGUGAACAUCUCGUCAGCAUAAAGAAAAAUGGUAAACAUGUGGCAAAUAGCCCAAUUACCAUUAUGGUUGGCCAGUCUGAAAUUGGUGAUGCCAGCAGAGUGAAGGUUUCUGGACCAGGUUUGAAGGCAGGGCGAACAUUUGAAAUGUCUGACUUCAUUGUGGAUACAAGAGAUGCAGGUUAUGGUGGCCUUGCACUAUCUAUUGAAGGUCCAAGUAAAGUGGACAUUAAUACAGAAGAAACUGAGGAAGGCACCUGCAAAGUUUUCUACUGUCCAACUGAACCAGGCACUUACAUUGUCUACAUCAAGUUUGCAGACGCGCAUGUGCCAGGGAGUCCAUUUACAGUGAAGGUAACUGGUGAAGGCCGAAUGAGAGAGAGCAUCACUCGUAGAAGGCAGGCUGCAUCAGAGGCAACAGUUGGGAGCAUCUGUGAUCUGAACUUGAAGAUUCCUGAAAUCUCAGUCAGUGACAUGUCUGCUGAAGUGACCAACCCCUCUGGACAGUUGGAUAGAGCAGAGAUCACUGAAAGUGAUAACCAUACUUACUGUGUCAGAUUUGUACCUCGUGAAAUGGGUGUGCACACAGUCAGUGUAAAGUAUCAGAAUAAACAUGUACCAGGCAGUCCGUUCCAAUUCACAGUUGGGCCACUUGGUGAAGGUGGAGCUGUUAAAGUGCGAGCUGGUGGUCCUGGUCUUGAGCGAGGAGAAGUUGGAGUACCAGCUGAAUUCAGUAUCUGGACACGGGAGGCUGGUGCAGGUGGCCUUUCCAUUGCUGUGGAAGGGCCUAGCCGGGCAGAGAUUGCAUUUGAAGAUCGAAAAGAUGGAUCCUGUGGUGUGUCUUAUGUUGCACAAGAACCUGGAGAAUACGAGGUGUCGAUCAAGUUUAAUGAUGAGUACAUCCCUGGCAGUCCCUAUAUUGUUCCCAUCAUGGCUUCUUCAGAGGAUGCAAGCAGACUUACUGUUACUAGUCUUCAGGAGUCAGGGUUAAAAGUAAAUCAGCCAGUAUCCUUUGCUGUGAGACUGAAUGGUGCUAGAGGUUUGAUUGAUGCCAAAGUUCAUAGCCCCUCCGGGGCAGUGGAGGAUACCCAUGUGUCUGAAAUUGAACCAGAUAAGUAUGCCAUUCGUUUCAUUCCCCAUGAGAAUGGUGUUCACUCUAUUGAUGUCAAAUUCAAUGGCAGUCACAUCACCGGCAGUCCAUUCAAGGUUCGAGUUGGCGAACCUGGGCAGACAGGAGACACCAGUCUUGUUUCAGCUUAUGGAUUAGGCCUUGAAAAAGGAACUACAGGUGUCCAAUCUGAAUUCAUUGUUAAAACUGCUAAUGCCAGUCCAGGCUCACUUAGUGUUGCUAUCGAUGGACCAUCCAAAGUAAAAAUGGACUGUCGUGACUGCCCUGAAGGAUACAAGGUUUUGUACACUCCAAUGGCACCAGGAGACUACCAAAUUGGAAUUAAAUAUGGAGGACCAUAUCAUAUUCAGGGUAGUCCUUUCAAGGCAAAAGUAACAGGUGCUCGGUUGAUAAGUGGUGGCAGUACACAUGAAAGCUCUUCUAUUAUGGUAGAAUCUGUGACCAAAUCCACUACUGUUAACUCCUACAGUGCUGUCCCCAAAUUUGCAUCUGACAGCAGUAAAGUGGUGUCCAGUGGUGCAGGCCUCUCUAUGGCAAAUGUAGGUCAGAAGAAUUGCUUCUCAGUGGAUUGUAGCAGAGCAGGUUCAAAUGUACUACUAGUUGGAGUUCAUGGACCCACUAUUCCAUGUGAGGAGGUGUCUGUGAAACACAUUGGAAAUGAGCAGUACAACGUGGCCUAUGUAGUGAAGGAGAGGGGAAACUAUACACUGGUUGUGAAAUGGGGUGAUGAGCAUAUUCCUGGGAGUCCAUUCUAUAUUACAGUUCCUUAAAGCAGGCCACUUUCUAAUCUGGCUACUUCAAAUUCAGCACUCCAGUUUGGUAUCUUGAGUUUUCAAAGGGCACUGCAAUUGCAUGAUGGAUUCUAAAGCUCCAAAAUGGAUGCUUUUUUCAAAUAUUUGCUGUUGACUCAGCUACUUUUAAAGAAUGGAUUGGGUUAUAGAUUUUGCCAUUGUUCUAUGUAGAAACUGAAGAUUGUAUGGAUUAUAUAUAAAUAUGAACUAAACUGGGUCAAUUGUAAAACUGGAUUAUUUUGGGAUUUUUGCCAGCUGUCAUUUUGGCUAAAGCCAUAAAUAGCUGCUUGAGCUUCAGAUGGACUUGAAUGCAAUGUAGAAUAAUGGAAUUCCAUUCUGAAAUGGUUAUUUUUUGGAUGCAAUGCUUCACUAUAAUGACGUGGCAGACAGCAUUGCUUGUUAUACCUUUUUUUAAAUUGGGGUGCUUGCACAGUCUUUGAAGCUUUUUGUAAGGAACGUGCAAACUGAUCAAAGGAUUUUGAUCUUGCCUAAAUUGGAGACUCAGGAACUCUGGCUUAAGUUUUUGCAAAUGUCCUUGCAUAAAUACUGAUCUUAAAUUAUUUGCUGGGGAAAACUGUGCUGCUGUGGCUGUCUUAUCACCAACUUUGUUGUCUACUGCAUGCUCCAAUAUCAGUGUUGUCUGAGUAGAAGACUAUUUGGAAUAGGUUGGUUGGUUGGUACAGUAAGAUUUUUGCAAGCACCUACUAGUAAAUCUGUGCCACCUGCCCCCCCCCCCCCCCCCCCAAAAACCAAUGCUGCAUCAAGUGCUCAAAUUGGCUAAACCUGAAAUAGCAGACAAGCCAACUUUAAAUCCCUCUGGACCUAUUUGGCCACUACUAUUUUUCUCCUUUUUUUACUGAUCAGUCGUGCUGCCGUUUUAGAUGUACUUGGAUACUUGAUCUUGGUACUUCUGCCAAAAUGAACUUGCCCAAUAUUUAAGGACUGCUCAUCUGAUUGUAGUGCAUAUUGGAGUCAAACGUGAAUAGGUCAGUUUGUAUAACUGGAUAUUUGAUUUUGACUGAAAUUAAAAGCUACUAAAUUGCACAACUCUUAAGCUGAACCUUAAUCUAUACUCUGGUGUUAAUCUUACUAAUUUUUUCUCUAGGGCUGAUUUUGUAAUUGGAUUUUGUAUUAAAGUUUAAAACAUGGGGAAGAAUGGUUUGUCAUUUUUUUAUAAUGCUUUGUGCCUUACUGUGAAAAGCUUAAUGUAACUCAACUGACUCAAUAAACUUCAAUAAAUGCA